UUUUUUCUUGUGAGAGAACUUAAUGCUGCAUUUAUCAUUAACCUAACACCCUAACAUAAAACAAAAGGAAGAAAAGGAGGAAGGAAGGAAAAGGUGAUUCGGGAAGAGAGAUCAUGUCAGGGCGGCCCAGAACCACCUCCUUUGCGGAGAGCUGCAAGCCAGUGCAGCAGCCUUCAGCUUUUGGCAGCAUGAAAGUUAGCAGAGACAAGGAUGGCAGCAAGGUGACCACAGUGGUGGCCACUCCCGGGCAGGGUCCAGACAGGCCACAAGAAGUCAGCUAUACAGACACUAAAGUGAUUGGAAAUGGGUCAUUUGGUGUGGUAUAUCAAGCCAAACUUUGUGCACAGGAGAACUGGUUUGCCAUCAAGAAAGUAUUGCAGGACAAGAGAUUUAAGAACCGAGAACUCCAGAUCAUGAGAAAGCUAGAUCACUGUAACAUAGUCCGAUUGCGGUAUUUCUUCUACUCAAGUGGUGAGAAGAAAGAUGAGGUCUACCUUAAUCUGGUGCUGGACUAUGUUCCGGAAACAGUAUACAGAGUUGCCAGACACUAUAGUAGAGCCAAACAGACGCUCCCUGUGAUCUAUGUCAAGUUGUAUAUGUAUCAACUGUUCAGAAGUUUAGCCUACAUCCAUUCCUUUGGAAUCUGCCACCGGGAUAUUAAACCACAGAACCUCUUGUUGGAUCCUGAUACAGCUGUCUUAAAACUCUGUGACUUUGGAAGUGCAAAGCAGCUGGUCCGAGGAGAACCCAAUGUUUCAUAUAUCUGUUCUCGGUACUAUAGGGCACCAGAGUUGAUCUUUGGAGCCACUGAUUAUACCUCUAGUAUAGAUGUAUGGUCUGCAGGCUGUGUGUUGGCUGAGCUCUUACUAGGACAACCAAUAUUUCCAGGGGACAGUGGUGUGGAUCAGUUGGUAGAAAUAAUCAAGGUCCUGGGAACACCAACAAGGGAGCAAAUUAGAGAAAUGAACCCAAAUUAUACAGAAUUCAAAUUCCCUCAAAUUAAGGCACAUCCAUGGACAAAGGAUUCGUCAGGAACAGGACAUUUCACCUCAGGAGUGCGGGUCUUCCGACCCCGAACUCCACCAGAGGCAAUUGCAUUGUGUAGCCGUCUGCUGGAAUAUACUCCAACUGCCCGAUUGACGCCACUGGAAGCUUGUGCACAUUCAUUUUUUGAUGAACUGCGGGACCCAAACGUCAAACUACCAAAUGGGAGAGACACACCUGCACUCUUCAACUUUACCACACAAGAACUGUCAAGUAAUCCACCUUUGGCUACCAUCCUUAUUCCUCCUCAUGCUCGAAUUCAAGCAGCUGCUUCCACCCCUACAAAUGCCACAGCAGCCUCAGAUGCUAAUGCUGGAGACCGUGGACAGACCAAUAAUGCUGCUUCUGCAUCAGCUUCCAACUCCACCUGAACAGUCCCAAGCAGUCAGCUGCACAGGAAAAACCACCAGUUACUUGAGUGUCACUCAGCAACACUGGUCACGUUUGGAAAGAAAAUUAAAAAGAGAAAAAAAAAAAAAAAACCUGUUCAUUUUAGUGUUCAAUUUUUUUUUUUUUAAUUGUUGUUCUUAUUUAACCUUGUAAGAUAUCUAUAAAUACAAAACAAUUUCAUUGUAUUCUCACUUUGCGGGAGAC